UUAUCACAGUCACUGUUGAAUCUCGAUUGCAAAAUGAAGGCAACUCUAUUCUCAGCCACUUUGGUCCUUCUCAUGGCGGCGGUUGUCCAGUGCGAUCCGAAUUUCCCUCAGCUGAUGAAACAGUGCAUGGAGGAGACAAAGAUGUCGGAGGCGGAGCUGAAGGAUUUCAUGACUGGUGGCAUGAAGAGCACGGCGAAUGAGAAUCUCAAAUGCUACAGCAAGUGUCUGAUGGAGAAACAAGGUCACAUGGUCAAUGGACAGUUCAAUUCAGAUGCCCUGCUCAAUACCCUCAAGAAUGUGCCCCAAAUGAAGGAUAAAAUGGACGAGAUAACCUCUGGUGUGAAUGCCUGCAAGGACAUGAAAGGCACAAAUGAUUGUGAUACCGCAUUUAAGGUGACCAUGUGCCUCAAGGAGCACAAGAUGAUGGGGGGUCAUCCAGCAGUUGCCCAGCAGGGCUAAAUUUAACCAAAAAGGACUACCUUAACAGUACUCCAAGUGUUUAGAUGAAUUUUCAAUAAAUGAUUUUGUGUUUCAUGUUGCAGUAAAGCAAA